AAAGUCUUCCUGUUGUUCUCACAGCAGCUGCACCGUUAGUUCCUCCUGAGUUUUCGCCGAAGGCUGAAUUUGAUCCGGCUUUUCUGAGAAAAAAAAACCCUUCAACAUUCAGCCCUUCAUCAACAAAGAUCAAUAAGUCAAUACACCACUUAUUGAUUUCAUCGGGAGCUUUUUUGUUUUUACGAUGAGUGUGUCCCAGACAAUGGAGACAGAGGAGGACCUCCUGACUUGUCUCUACAUCAAGUUUUACCACCCUCGGCAGCAAUAUGAGGGCCUUUACGGGCUGCUUCCUAUGGGGACCAAGAGCAAACACCCUGCGGAUGAGCCCCUCAGACUGGGACGUGACCCCCAGUCCUGCACCUUCUCCCUGGUGGACAUGCGGGUGUCUCGCAAACAGCUUUGCGUCUACGCUUUCCGCACCCCCCAGAGCCCGGACAUGCUGUUCUGCAUCCAGAACUUGAGCAAGAAGGGACGGCUGUCAGUGAACGGUGCCAUGCUGGGCUUCCUGGAGAGGAUGGAUCUCCCCAACAAGGCCCUGAUCCGGUUCGGAGAGUAUGAGAUGCUGAUCAUCCAAGAGCCUGGGGAAGCCAUGGGGAAAAUUGAAGUGGACUUUGAGGUGCUGGCAGUACCUCCGUCCAGAGAGACAUGCACACGUGUGCCUCCUCCAGCACCUGUCAUGGAAAUGGGCUCCUAUGGGACAAGCUGUCCAGGUGAACUCAGAGUUAGUGCCCCCCUUGAGAACGACGAGACCAUCAUGUGUUUCUCAUGAUGUUUUUACUUUCCCUCUGACUUGCAUUUGAAUGCAAAACACACGACUGCGUAGAUGUAACAUAGACGUUAACGCGCUUGCAUAGAAUCCCUUUUGUAAUGUGAAAUCAUUGUAUUGUUUGCAAUGUGAAAUCAUUGUAUUAUUUUUGAACCCUAUUACUCCAUGUUUAAAGCUUUGAUCUGAAAAGUGAAGAUUUAAACGUUAUUUAGCUACUUUUAACCCUUUAAAAUCUGAAAAGAAUUUCUUUCAAAAACAUGGGAAGAAGGCACUGAGCUAUGACAGAAGAAAUACCCCAGAAUUAGUGAGAAAUUUGUUGGGGGAAAAGUACAAGAAAAUUACCAGAAAAAUUAGUUAAAAAAAAAAACUAACAAAAAUUAAAAAGAAAGAAAAAAUCA